AUGGACCAUGCGGAUGCUCAGCUUGCGGCGGAAUUUGGGUACAAACCCGUCUUGAAGAGGGAGUUCGGAUUAUUUUCUACCUUCUCCUUCGCCGUCAGCAUCUCGGGAUUGUUCGCGACUGUGAUGACAACCAUGAUCUAUCCUUUGGAAGCCGGAGGUAGUAGUGCUGUCGUUUGGUGUUGGUUGAUUUCUGGAUUCGGUUGCAUGUGCCUUGCAUGCUCCGUUGCCGAAUUAGCCUCAGCAUACCCGACGUCGGGUGGCUUGUAUUUCACAAUCUCGAGAUUGGUCCCGCAGGAUUGGGUCCCCUCGAUAAGUUGGUAUGUGCUUACGGGAUGGCUGAACCUUCUGGGACAAAUCUGUGGUGUAGCAUCUUCAGAAUACGGUGGAGCACAGAUGCUGCUCGCAGCUGUCUCGAUGGCUAGAGAUUUUGACUAUGAAAUCACCACCGGUACCACUGUCGGGGUCAUGGCCGCGCUGACUAUCACCACCGGCCUCAUCAAUUCCCUUUCGACAUACUGGAUGGAGAAGAUCACUAAAUUCUAUGUCAUCUUUCACAUCCUGGUUCUUGUCUCUUGCUCUAUCGCUUUGUUGGCUAUGACCGAAAACAAGCACGACGCUUCCUACGUCUUCGGUCAUAUCGAGUCGAGCACUGGAUGGCAACCCAUUGGCUUCAGCUUUCUAUUUGGCUUCCUUUCCUCGAGUUGGUGCCUCACCGAUUACGAUGCUGCAUCGCAUCUAUCAGAGGAGAUUCGGAAUCCAGAGGUCAUGGUUCCAUGGGCUAUCUCUUCGGCGAUGCUAUUUACGUACCUUGCCGGCUUUGUAUUCAACAUCGUCCUUUGCUUCUGCAUGGGCGACGUGAGUGGAAUCCUGAGCUCGCCAACACAGCAGCCCGUUGCGCAGAUCUUCUAUAAUAGUCUUGGAAAGACGGGUGGGAUUAUUUUUACCGUCUCAGCGUUGCUAAUCAUCAAGUUCGUGACAUGGACCGCCAUGCAAGCUCUCGGUCGGACUGUCUUCGCCUGCGCGCGCGAUAGGAUGUUGCCCUUCUCCUCUGUCUGGACCCAGGUCAAUUCCAAGACAGGAACUCCAUUGAAUGCUGUGUGGAUAUCUACCUUUUUUUGCAUCGCGAUCAAUCUCAUUGCGCUGGGCUCCUACACUGCGAUUUCUGCCGUGUUUACCCUGUGCUCCAUUGCUCUCGACUGGAGUUACUGUAUUCCGAUUCUUUGCAAACUCUUUUUUGGCAAGUUCAAGCGCGGACCCUGGCACAUGGGCAAACUCAGCCCGUUCGUCAAUGCCUGGGCUUGUCUUUGGACUCUCUUCGUUUCGAUCAUCUUCGUCCUUCCCACUGCAAGGCCGGUGACAGCCGAGAAUAUGAACUACGCCUGCGUCUUCCUGGUCUUCGUCUUGCUGUUUGCCCUGGUCUACUGGUACAUCAGUGGCAAAAAGUUCUACCACGGCCCCAUCACCGAAGGAGCAGUUGUAGACGAUUACUUGGCCGAAAGCAACACCAGCCAGAAGCCCGACAAGACUGGAACCCGAGUCUGA